CAUUUAUAUUUUAUCCUGUGAUAAUUCUGGGGUGACGGAGCUUUUUCUUAGAUCCGCCCCUCCCUGGGCGACACUUCACUUUGUCGUCGUUCUAUACUGAGCCUCCCAGGUUACUUUCACUUACUACUGAAACAGCAGAACGUUACUUCACUGAAUCUGCAUCGUCUUUUACUGAAGAAAAAAAAAACUGAAAAUGAAGCACGUCUUUAUUUUUCUCUUGUUGCUGUUGUGUGUUCGAGGGCAAGAUAUAGUGCCAGUGUCUGUUAUAGAGGGAGAUACAGUCACUCUAUACACUGAUAUUGAAACAAACCAACAAGAAGAAAUUAGAUGGUAUUUUAAUGACAUUCACAGUCCUGAAAUCACUGGAAAUCAGACUGAGAACUGUACAGAUGUUCAGUGUAAUAAUGGUACAGAGCUAUUCAGAAACAAUGACAUUCUAAUAGCUGAGAUCACUGAAAAUCAAAGUAAGAUCUGUACAGAUGUUCAGUGUAAAGAUGCUAAUGAGAGAUUCAGAGACAGACUGAAGCUGGACAAUCAGACUGCAUCAUUGACCAUCACAAACAUCAACACCAGAGACUCUGGACUGUAUAAACUACAGAUCAACGGCAGCACCGACAGUCUUGCUCAGCUUUUCAAUGUUUCUGUCUUUUAUGCUCCUGAACAAGAUAACCUGAAGUUAGUGAAGGCGGGGGAAUCUGUCAUUUUAGAUCCUGAUGUAGUUAAAAAAACAAAUUAUUUGAUGAAAUGGCUUUUUAAUGACAUUCGCAUCGCUGAAAUCAAUGGAGAUCUUAGUUUUAUUUGUACCGAUGUGCAGUGUUUAUAUGCUGAUGUCAGAUUCAGAGACCGACUGAAGCUGAAUCACAGGACUGGAUCUCUGACCAUCACGAACACCAGAAAUACAGACUCUGGACUUUAUUAUCUACUGAUAACCACCAUUAGAUUCAGCAUCAAAAAGAGCUUCAUUGUUAAUGUCACUGGUUAUGUUGAUGCAGAGAGAGUGUCAGUGAUGGAAGGAGAUACAGUCACUAUAUACACUGGCGUUAAAACAAACCAACAAGAGGAAAUGAGAUGGUAUUUUAAUGACAUCCGCAUCGCUCAAAUCACUAAAGAUCUGAGUUUUAUCUGUACCGAUGUACAGUGCAAAUAUAGUGAUGCCAGAUUCAGAGACAGACUGAAGCUGGAUCAUCACACUGGAUCUCUGACCAUCACAAACACCGGAACCACAGACUCUGGACUUUAUCAUAAUCAAGUCAUCAGUGGCAGCAGGGUCAAUCACACCAUCUUCAGUGUUACCGUCUAUGAAGUUCCUGCUGCUGAACGAGAUGAAAUGAAGAUAAAGUCAGUGAAGGAGAGCGAUUCUGUCACUUUAUACACUAGUGUAAUGAAAAACCCAAAUGAUUUGAUGACAUGGUAUUUUAAUGACAUUUGCAUCGCUGAAAUCACUAGAGAUAACAAUACAGAUGAACAGUGUGAAGACAGAUUCAGAGACAGACUGAAGCUGGAUCAUCAGACUGGAUCUCUGACCAUCACAAACAUCAGAACCACAGAAUCUGGACUGUAUAAACUACAGAUCAACAGCGGCAGAAUCAGCAUCACAAAGAGCUUUAAUGUCACUGUUGCCAUCAUUUCAGAUUCAAGUCUGUCUCCAGCCGCUGUAGCAGGAAUAAUAGGCAUUGGUGUAGUUGUUUUGCUGCUCAUUGCUGCUGGUGUGAUUUACUAUCACAAACGUCAAGCAGGACAAUAUGGCGACACUACAGACAUGGUGAUACAGUUCAGUCAACAGAUGGAUAGAGACACUUUUAUGACUCCUGCCAAUGAAUCUGACUAAAACUGAGGCUGCCAAUGAGACAUCAGAGCUCAAACCCUGCAAGUGUUGGUCCAUGAAAUACCACCAUUGUGUCCUUCAUCAAACUCUGAAUCUCAGGAACUGAACCUCUUAGAACUGCACUGAAAAACACUAUCAAGAGAAGCAGCAACAACAUGUUAAAUAUGUGUUUUUUUUUUGUAUAUUUUCCAUAACUGUUCCAUAACUGUUACUGGAUGCUGAAUAAACUAUUUACUGGUAUUAAUCAGCAGAAGGGUCUGCAGUGAAUGUGGGAAAACAAACAAACUGAACUGCAUGCAACAACCAGAAGGACAUGCACUGACAAUAAACACAGGAAACAGACUGUUUAUAGUCCACUAAGAUUAAUGGUGAAGGAUCUGAGGACCCUCAAAUGAAAACUGUGUGUGUUUUGCUUCAAGAGAGCAACCAUACAUUUGUGUUGUGUUUUCCUUUUUUCCUUUUUUUACAUUUAUUCUUCAUUCAUUUAUUCAUUUAGAAUAUUUUUUUAUUUAAUCAUUAAAUUUUUAUUAUUUCAUUUAAUCAUAUAAGAAUUUAUAAUAUUGUUAAUAUAUUAAAAUAAUAUAAUUUUUGUUGUUUUUUAAUAUAUUAUGUCCAUAGUUGUUUAGUCUUAUGACUGUGUAAGGGCUCUUUGUCUUUGUGAAUAAGAGAUACAAGAGAAUCUUUAUGGAAAUGCAAGGUUUAUCAGAUGUUGUUGUGAAUCAGUUUGUUGGAUUUGUGUUCUUCAGACAAAGUCUGAGCACUGAAACAUAAAACUAAUCAAUAAACUCAGCUUCUUUUUAUAAUCAUCA